GCCGAAGCAAACAACAGAGCAGAGGAGCAGCAGAGAGGACGAACAUGAACAGCCUCUUCUCCAGGGACGUGCAGGUGAAGAGCAUGGAGCAGACAGUCAAACAUGCUGAGAAGUACCUGGGUGAGGUCUGCCACCUGCUGGGCUCCUACACCAGGAAGACGGCCAAGCUGAGAGACAAGGCCGACCUGCUGGUGGCUCAGCUCUUUGACCUGUCCGGCACAGAGGACCGGGAGGUCCAGCUCGGCCUCAAAAACCUGGCAGAGGAUCUUGCCAUGGUUCAGGACUACAGGCAGGCUCAGGUAGAGAGACUGGAGACGAGGGUAGUGGCUCCUCUGAAGGCCUACGGAGACAUCAUCAAGAACAAAAGGGCCGACGUGAAGAAGUUCAGCAGUGAUCUGAGCAGAGAGCUGAAGGAGCUGCAGACCCUGGAGAAGAUCCGACUGAGGAACCCAGCAGAUCGACAGAGCAUCUCUGUUAAUUGACAGGCAGAGGUCAACGCUCAGAAGGCUUCAAACAACGCCCAGCGCUGCGUCAGACAGCUGGAGGAGACCAUCACUGACUUCCAGAGACAGAAACUGGAGGAUAUCAAAAGGAUUUUCACGGACUUCGUCACAGUGGAGAUGCUCUUCCACGCUAAAGCUCUGGAGGUCUACACACACACACACCACAACCUGGAGGCCAUGAACAUCGAAAAGGAUCUGGAGCUGUUCAGUGGACGGUUCAGGAUGUCUGAUCACCUGGCCGGGCGUCUGGAUUCCUCUCUGACCACCCCCCCCCCUCCCCUCAUGAGCCACUACCUGAGCCUCCCUGUGGCCUCCCCCAAAGGCCAAAGCCUCAGGUCAACGCUGACUCCUACCAACAGGCAGCCACACAACCAGCUCCCAGACAAGGCCAGGAGGUCUCGCAGCACCUUACAACGGCAGAGAGGCAUGGAGGAGGAGGAGGAGGAGGAGGAAGAAGAAGAAGAGCAAGAGGAGGAAGAGGAGGAGAUGUAUGAGUCAGAGACAGAGGAGGGUCAGAACAUCAGCAGACAGUCUUAUGCUGCUCAAUACGCUCAGAUGCACAGAUGGCAGAAGUAACAGCCUGUGCACAGAAACACACACGCACACACGCACACACACGCACACGCACGCACGCACACACACACACACACACACACACACACACACACACACACACACACACACGCUCCUGUGUUGUAGAAUAGAUACACUGAUGACAGCUUCAUGUGUUUCUAUCAGCACGUUUUCAUUAUAGCUGUGAAGCUUUUAUAAUAUUAAUGAUGUGACACUGAACAUAUUAAUCAGCUUAUUUUCUCUGCUGCAGGAGUCACUUAGCAGAACAACGUUCAGACACCAGAAGGAAAAUGUUCCGUUCAAAAAGUGUCAAAAUGUUUUUUUUAAUUUAUCUUUAUUUAAAUGUUGAUGCUCCGUUUCCUUUUGAUUCAUGAACUUAAACAUUUGAAAGAAAUUAAACAGUAAUUGUGGGAACCCUUCUACUUUUGUUUUUAACUCAUUAGUGAAUCUCAGUUGACUUGUACAUGAGGUUAAAAUAAGAUAAAAUAAGAAAAUAUUCCACAAAAUAAACUAAAUAAACUCUGGAUGUAAAUGUGAGUCUAGAAAUGUCUGAAGGUGAAGAGAUCCAUGAGAAAAUUAAAUCAGAACAGGACGACUCUGAGCUGAAGUGUUUAUAAACUGUGACAAACUGGAGUUCAUAGAGUCAUGGGAGAGAUAAACAGUGGUAUUGUAUUAUAUAUAGUGGUAACAGUGGAUAUAAAUAAUAGUCAACUGGCUUUGGUCGGGCCUUCCUGCCCAGGCCGAGUAGUUUCUGCACAUGAAUCCAGCUCUGGAAGGAAACAGCCGUGGACUGAACGUGCACAAUAGGGGAAAAACAAAAGUAAAGGGCAAAGGUAUUAUUUUAGCAUUUCAUUAAUUUCUCUUUAUAUUUCCACAUUUUGUAUUUUCUUAUUUAUUCUUUUAUUUAUAUUUCCACAUUUUCUAAUUCUUUUACAUUUUUCACAACACUCCUAUGACUCUAUUAAUUACUUACAGUUUUGUAGUUUGUACAUUGAUCACUGAUCUUUUUUUUUUUUUUUUUUUUUUUUUAUAAAGUUUUUAUGUUCAUGAAAUAAAAAGAAACUUUUCAUUAACAUUAAAAUAAAAGUUAAUUUUUAUGUCUAUUUUCUGCUGGAGUUUUACUCACUUUUCAAAAACCAACAAAGGACGUAA